AUGGACCGAUUGCUUGUUGUCUCAAACAGGCUUCCUGUGACAUUAAGUAGAGAAAACGGCGCGUGGACGUACAAGCGGUCUUCGGGAGGGCUGGUUGCCGGUCUUGCUGGCAUGAAAAAAAUGACAUCCUUCAUCUGGAUCGGAUGGCCAGGUUUGUCGCACAUAGACUUGAUUUUUUUAGGCUUUGAAAUCCCAGAAGAAGACCGUGAUCAAAUUGGCGAAACUCUGCUUUCCGAAUACUCGGCAAUUCCUGUAUUUCUCCCCGACGAAAUUUCAAAUCCAUUCUACAACACAUUUGCAAACAGCAUUUUGUGGCCGUUGUUCCAUUAUCUUCCUGUGGACAUGAGCUUUGAUGAAUCUGCAUGGGAGGCAUAUGUGAAGGCAAAUUCUCUCUUUGCUGAUGUAAUUCUUAAAGAAUGCAGGGAUAAUGACUUGGUUUGGAUCCAUGAUUAUCAGCUGAUGACUCUUCCUCGUCUUCUUCGAAUGAAGUUGGACCUUUCCGGCUUCAAAAAUGUAAAAAUUGGGUUUUUCCAUCACAUUCCCUUUCCCUCUUCUGAGGUGUUCAGAGUCUUGCCUGUUGGUGCUUGCAUUUUGAAGGGAAUCAUAGCAGCCGAUUUGAUUGGCUUUCACACGUAUGAAUAUGGAAGACACUUCCUAUCAAGUUGCAAUCGACUAUUGUCGCUUGCAACAUCGCCAACAAUGGUCAGGGUCAGCGAUGGCCACAUUGCGCGAGUUGGAAUAUAUCCGAUUGGGAUAGAUCCGGAUCCAUUUAUCGACGCACUUGACCUUCCU